AUGGUGGCAUUACUCUGUGCUCUGUCGGAUGACGGGAGCUGGAUCGGAGCGUGGCCUUUAGGCGAUGGCCAAAAUGCAUCUUUGCCCGUCAACUGUUCGGAACUCAAUACUCUGCUGUGGGAGUACACCCAGGAACUAGGUAUUCCGAUAGAUUUCUCAGCCGUUGUGGAUGACUAUUUCGAGACGGACAACGAAGCAGGCAUCAUCCUCACUGGUGGACAAAAGCUCACGGCCGACAUCGUUGUCGCUGCUGAUAGGGUUGGUUCUAAAUCAUGGUCCUUGGUCCUGGGCGAAAAGGAUGUUGCCAUCAGUUCGGAAUUCGCCUACUAUAGGGCAGCUUUUCCAGCUGGUGAAGCUUUGAAGAACCCCAUCAUUGCAAAGCAGUGUGAGAAUCAGCCUGACCGUGCAUCGAUGCACAUUGGCCCUGGUGCGGUAUGGUCGUGGGAAAAACUGAACGGCAAAUAUGCUAUAUAUUGA